AGGGAAGCAAGCGAGACCACCCAACUGCAUUGUUGCUUGUACUGUUGGACAGUGCUGCUAUUGUAUUGUCCAUGGAUGAGCAUGGCCGUCCCACCUCCUCCACCAGCAGCCCACCUUCCCCACCUUCUUUCUUCUCCGCGGCCGGCAACGGCGGUUUGCUCGAGUUCCCCUACACCGAGGUGCCGGAGCAAUGGCUGAUGGACGACGACGACGACGACAGCAACAUACAGGAGCAGCUCCUAAGCAUGGAGCCGUGUGGGGGCGACGGGGGCUCGCUCUCGGCGGGCUCCGCUGACCGGUCCAGCAGGAACCCGCCGGCCGCUGCGGCGACGAGGCGGGGGCGGAAGGCUGGGCCCAGCGCCGGGGGCGGCGGCCCUGCCGUCAGCCACAUGGAGGCCGAGCGGCACCGGCGGGACAAGCUCCACCGCCGGUUCUGCGACCUCCGGGCCGCCGUGCCCAACGUGACCCGGAUGGACAAGGCGUCCCUCCUCGCCGACGCCACCGCCUACAUCGCCGAGCUGCGCGCCCGCGUGGAGCGGCUCGAGGCCGAGGCCAGGUGGGCCGCGGCGCGGAAGGCGAACCCCUUCCUCGUGGCGGACGACGUCGCGGCCGCGGCGUCCGCCACGAAGUUCGAGCUUGAGGAGGAGGAGGAGAAGCUGGAGGUGCGGAUGGUGGUCGGGCAGGAGGCGGCGGCGCUGCGCCUGACGACGACCGCGGCGCGCCACGCCCCCGCGCGCCUCAUGGACGCGCUCCGCGCGCUGGACCUGCCGGUGCAGCACGCCUGCGCGUGCCGCGUGGGCGGGGUGACCGUGCAGGACGCCGUCGUCGACGUGCCCGCCGAGCUGCGGGAAGCGGGCUGCCUCCGCGCCGCGCUGCUCCACAGGCUGCAGGGGAGCGGCUAGCCAGCCAAUAGCUGCUCGUCGCCGGCAGCAUUGGAAUCACUAGCUACCGUCUGGCCGACUGGCCCCGAAUUGUAGCGUGCGUAUUUCUUCUCAACACUGAUCGAUAAGGCGUAUCCACCACCAUGGUCACACUUUGCACGCAUACCAACGCUCUGCUCUCACGGUUGUUAUUUGUUGCUGUGAUUCCGGAUAAAUAAUUUCAAUGCAUGGUUCAAGGUGUUUGGAGUA